CUCAGGUUAUCUCUUUUUUAACAUCUCUUGCUGCUUCUACACUUCUCUUAGCUCUCUACCUAAAUCGCUUAUCUCAAAUGCCCAGAUUCCCCAAUCUCGAAACUAUAUGAACUUUCCUGAUCUUGACCCAUUUCGCCAAAAUCCCAAAUCCUGUAUCUUGCUUUUCCUGAUUUGAUUCAUCUCUCUCUGUGUUCAUAUUCACCCGUCGUUGUUGUUUGGAGAAACGUCGAGAUUACACAGUGCGACUACGAGCGAGAGCGGUAAAGUGGAGAUCCAAUUAGGGCUAGAUCUUACGACGACCCAAUUGCUGAAAUCGAAAAUCUUCCACAAUGGAUGGAUCCAUAAGUAAAAGGCGAGGACUUUAGCUUCCGAAGAAACUGAGAGGUGAAAUAAAAUGGAGAUUGUUGAGAGAAAGCGACCUAGAGGAGCGUUUCUAAAUCUGUUUGAUUGGCCUGGAAAAUCAAGGAAGAAGCUUUUCUCAUCCAAUAUCUCCCAACUCUCUGAUGAAUCAAAGCAAGCAAAAGAGAAUGUUCAAAACCCCUCAAUUACGCCGCAUUCUGUUUUUGAGGUUGAUCAGACUGUGAAGAACUCAACUUACAACCCGAGAAGUGACUCGAGCUGUUGUGCUUCCUCUGUAACUAGCGAUGAUGGAAAUGUGGUUAGAGCACCGAGUGUGGUAGCGAGGCUCAUGGGAUUAGAAGGUUUACCUCUGCCAAACGUUAUGGAACCACGGGUUAAUCCUAAUCUUGAUCCAUACUUUCUCAGAUCUUCGCGCCAGGCAAACACUUGGGAUGCUAAUGCUGAUCAUCAGAGUGACUUUGAUGGCGUUUCUUGGGAUCAUCUGGAUUCAAGAACGAGUAAAGGGCCACGUAAGCGGAUGAUUGAGCGGUUUCAGACUGAAACUUUGCCUCCAAGAUCUGCUAAACCGAUCUCUGUCACUCACAAUAAGCUCUUGUCUCCUAUAAGGAAUCCUGGAUUUGUUCCAUCUAGAAACCCUGCUUAUGUAAUGGAAGCUGCUUCGAGAAUGAUCGAGCAAAGUCCACGGAUGAUGGCAAGAACACGGGUGGUUUCAUCAUCUGAUUCUUCUUCUCCAGUUCCAUUGAGGAUUAGAGAUUUGAAAGGGAAACUAGAAGCUGCACAGAAAGCUUCAAAUCCAAGCCUUCAAGUCUCUAAUGAUAAUACUCGUAACAGUAAAUACCUAAGAGGAGAUCACAACGAGAAGAAAACUACAGCAUUGGGGAAAAACAGUUGUGAUGGGCUAAAGGGUGAAGUGAAGCCGCCUUCUUUCUCUGCGCAAGCAAAGGCCAGCAGUAAUCAGAAGCAAGGCAGCUUAACAACGUCCUCAAGUGUAAACAAAAGGACAUCUUCAGGCCAAAAGGAGAAAGCGGAAGCUAAGAACCGUGCAGUGAAAAGCCAGAAUGGUCUCAAAGGAUCUUCCUUGAGCGCGGGAAAGAAUGUGCUUAAGCAGAACUACCAGAAGCAGAACUGCAGAGACCAUCAGCAAAGCAGAAAAGUAAUGAACAAAGUUGUAAACAAGGUCCUUGUGGAAAGUGGGUCUUCAUCGAAGAGCCCAGGUUUUACUAUGACAUCGGCAGAAAAAGAAAAACCCACUUCUUUAUCUAUGUCUCGCAACAAGAAGAGUCUUCCUCGAAACAAAAAACCGCGGAAUGGGGUGCAAGAACCGGGAAUCUACGAAGACAAACGGAUCAAAAGGGGUGAAAAGUCGAUAAAAUGUAACAUUAGCAUUGAUGGUGACACGAGCACAAGUAAAGAUGAUCAGAAGGACAUGGAUGUAAUUUCUUUCACUUUCUCAUCUUCGAUCAAAGGUUUAUCAUCUCACUCACAAGGAACCAAACAAGAUGCAGACUCUGCUGUUAGGUUCAAUGUGAUAGGCGGUGAUUCUUUAAAUGCGCUUUUGGAGCAAAAGCUCAGGGAACUGACCUCGAAGAUUGAAUCUUCUAGUUCCAGCUUGAUCCAAGGAGAGUCUUUGAGUUCCAUUUCAAAAGAAGGAGCGAGCGGGAUGAUUUCAUCGAUAUCAAAGAGUGACAAAUCAAUUCAAAACACUCUUGAGAGUGAAUCUGUUUCUGACUGCACUUCAUUCUAUAACAACCAGACAUUCCAGAAGAAGAACAUUAUCCAAGGAGAAGAACAUGAAGUUAGCAGCAUCAGCACUCUUACAGAUGCCACUGAUUUUUCACUCUCCUAUAGCAAUGGUUACUCAGAUUUCAGACACGAUGGAGAAUAUGGCAUGAAACAGAGUUCAUCAGAUCAAGAAGUCACUUUGGUUUCAUCAAACGAGUCCCACCAAGCCUACGAUGAAACUGAUUCAGCAACACUUGAUUGGGAGCUUGAGUACAUAACGGAGAUCCUAAACUCUGGCCAGCUCAUGUUUCGAGACUUUGCUUUAGGAAUGACCACUGAGGAAUUAUUAUUACCCUCGAGCCUCUUUGAUGAAAUGGAACGCUCUCGAGGAGCUGCAACAUCGAUGAAGAUGGAAAGAAAGACGCUUUUCGACUGUGUGAAUCAAUGCUUAGCGGUGAAAUGCGAAAGGAUGUUAACUGGAAGCUGCAAAGGGAUGAUGAUGUCAGGUGGGAUUUUGUUGGAACGUAGAGAUUUGUUGGCUGAAGAAUUGAACAGAGAAGUUAAAGGGUUGAAGAAGAUGAGAGAGAUGAUGAUCGACGAGCUUGUGGAUCAUGACAUGAGCUGUUCCGAAGGGAGAUGGAUUGGUUACGAGAGAGAGAUGUUUGAGGAAGGCAUUGAUAUAGAAGGAGAGAUAGUUUCUACGUUGGUUGAUGAUUUAGUUUGUGAUCUUUUUCUCUCUUGCCGUUCUUAAACGGUCGUUUAGAAAGCUUCGGGUUCUGUUUCUUAGAAGCUUCAAAUGACACGAGCACGAGCACGAGCACUUUGGUUUUUUUCCUUCUCGUUUUUGGCUUAAAUUGUUUUGAUGAUACAAAUUCCCCAUUAAUUGCCAAACAGAA